UAUUUUCCUAAAUAAGAGAUUUCUAUGAGAUGGCAAAAUAAAUACAUGAUAUUUCGUAGUAAACACUAGUAAUGUUAAUCAUAUCAAUCAACGCGAUUGAUAUCUCAACACGUAAACAUUAAUAAUGUUAAUCAUGCUAAAAAGGAGUGGAAAGGAAUUAAUUCCGUCAAAGAUAUAAAAAGAAACAAGGUCAUUUUGAAUACAUAUACCGUUCUCUCAAUUUUAACAUCUUCACCACACCACAUCAAAAAUGGUCUUGCGAGUGUCAUAUGUUUUGGUGGUUCUAACCAUUCUUUCCAUGGAUCAUAGAAUCUCUCAAGCCACAUCCCGUGUUGCGUUUCAGGAGCCAUCCAUUGCUCAUCACUUCCAACAAUGGAUGAUCAAGUUCUCUCGAGUUUAUAGCAAUGAACCCGAGAAACAGAUGAGGCUGGAAGUGUUCAAGAAAAACUUUGAAUUCAUUGAGAAUUUUAAUAGUAAGGCGAACCAAAGCUACAAACUUGGUGUCAACGAGUUCACGGAUCGGACUAAGGAGGAGUUCCUAGCCACCCACACCGGUCUCACUAGAGGCAUUAAUGUAACUUCAUCAUCCGAAGCGGUUGAUGAAACUAUGUCAUCUUGGAAUUGGAACGUCAGUAAUAUCGUCGGCCAGAGCAAAGACUGGAGAAUGGAAGGUGCUGUAACACCUGUCAAACUGCAAGGACAAUGUUCUAGUUGCUGGGCUUUCUCGGCGAUUGCAGCAGUGGAAGGUCUGACAAAGAUUGCCGGAGGAAACCUCAUAUCACUGUCCGAACAGCAACUUAUAGAUUGUGACGGAGCGCCUAACGAAGGUUGCAGGGGAGGAACAAUGGAAGAAGCUUUCACCUACAUAGCACAAAACGGAGGCAUUUCUUCAGAAGACGCAUACCCUUACCAAGAGAGAGAUGGGACUUGCCAGUCCCAGGCCGAACCCGCCAUGCAGAUCAGAGGUUUCCAAUAUGUUCCACGCAACAACGAGCGUGCAUUGCUCGAGGCUGUAUCGAUGCAGCCCGUCUCGGUAAGCAUUGCCGGGUUGGCUGAAAGUUUCAGCCAUUACUCAAGCGGAGUGUACAGUGAUCCGGCCUGUGGGAUCGCCACGACUCAUGCAGUGACGUUGGUUGGGUACGGGACGAGCCCGGAAGGGAUUAAGUACUGGCUGGCUAAGAACUCUUGGGGUGAGACUUGGGGAGAGAAUGGUUACAUUAGACUCCGUAGAGAUGUGGAGUGGCCUCAAGGCAUGUGUGGUCUAGCUCAGUAUGGUUGUUAUCCGGUUGCUUGACUAGCUUAUCCGGUGAUAUGAUAAACUGAAAUGAUCAAACAUUAUGUCGUUUGGUCUAUUUUAUGAUUUCUUUAAAAAACUAUAUCGCAACUUACGCUUGACCAUAAGCAUUAUAAUGUUCAUUCUGUUGCUCCAUAUAAUAAAUGCAACAUUUAGUUUUCA